AUGCAGGUUAACACCACGCUGGACAUGAUCCCUGCCAAGGUGCAAGAGCAGUCCCAGGACGUGGUGACAAAGACGCAGAACCAGCUGGGCCUCAUCAGCCAGAAGAUCAGGAGCUUGCAGGAGAAGUUGCCGCUCCUGGAUGUGGAGGAGAGAGUCAGGGCCUUCGUGGGCAAUGCUGAAUCGGUGCUGGAGGAGCACAGGGAGCCGAUCAUCGUCUCGGAUAGGCUCAGGUGGAGCGUGUGUACUGUCCUGUGCUGCAUGGUGCUGCUGGUCAUCCUCUGCAACGCUGUCGGGCUGCUGCUGGGGCCCCUGGGGCUGAAGGAAAGCGUGCUGCCCACGCAGCGCAGCAGCCUCUCCAACGCCGGCGGGAACUUCUUCAUGGCAGGUGUUGGCUUCAGCUUCAUCUUCUCCUGGCUGCUGAUGCUGCUAGUGCUGAUCACCUUCGUGCUUGGGGGGAACAUCUACAUGCUCGUCUGUGAGUCCUGGCGCAGCCAGCAGCUCUUCCAGCUCCUGGACACGCCUGGCCUGAUCCCUGGCUUUAACCUGUCGGAGCUGCUGGGUCAGGAGGGUGGCACAGCAAACUUCUCAGAGAUAUACAGGCAGUGCCAGCGAGAUGCUGCCCUGUGGCAAACGCUGCACCUGGACCAGAGCGUGUCCCUGGAUGAACUCUUGAACAUCAGCCAGUACACAGGAGAGAUAUCCACGGCCUUCGAGAAGAUGAACAUCACCCUGAGCCCCAUCUCGCUGCUCAGCCAGAGCCAGAGAGACUUGCUGCUGAAUGCCAGCCAGGCCGGGCAGCCCCCCAACUUCACCCUCACCCUGGAGCAGCUGGAUCAGAACAUGACCCAGGGAAGCCUCCUGGAUCUGGCUGCAGAGCUGGAGCACCUGGCAGACAAAGCGGGUGCGGAUGUGCAAAAGGACCUGGAGGCUGGUGCUCGCAAGCUCAGGAUGCUGGACAAGGAGAUGCAGAUGAGCUUCUCUGGGCUGCUGCAAAGCCUGAAGGAGAACAUCCACUUGGCGCAGAGCGGGACUGCCCAGCUUGAGGCACAGGCAAAAGCUGCGCUGGAUAAAGCCAGUGAAACCCAGGAGUUCCUGGAGAGGGAGACCGCAAACAUCAUCAAGAACGAGACAUGGGCCUUCCUGGAGGAGCUGUUGGACUUCUUUGAGACCUACGUCUCCUGGGCCAAGAGCAAGCUGACGGGAGACGUGGCACGUUGCAAACCCAUAGCUCAGACUGUGGAUAAUGUGGGGGUCAUCACCUGCAACUACAUCCUGGACUCUCUGAACGCCUUCUGGUUCAGCCUGGGCUGGUGUACCUUCUUCCUGCUGCCCAGCAUCAUCCUGGCCGUCAGACUUGCCAAGUUUUACCGCCGCAUGGACAUUGCUGAUGUCUACAG